GUGGCGCCGAGGAUAUAUUGUGCCCAUCAUGCACAUGGAAGACUUUGCGGCAGCAAACCUCAACAAAUGUACUGGUCUCAUUUCAUAUCCUAGUUAAAAAGCAGUGUUAGGACUGAAAGCUCAUAAGGAGUUGAGAUAUUUUAUCAGAGACGGGGCCCUUUUCUCUAACGCUUAAACAUUUUUAGCCUUGGUGCGUGGCAGCGCAUUGCAGAUGGACGGCACUGACAUCGUCGUCGCUCGCUUGGGCUACAUACCCUUCAGGAACAUCUUGAAAGCUAUACGGGAUAUCCAAGACCAACUCAAUGAGGGCAAACGGUUCGACUUUCCUUACCUCAUCCGAGGUGACAUCAGCGAUGGCCACAGGCUUGGCAUAAAACCUAUUACAUUUCUUCGGCAGGUAGCAAGUCUGUGUGCAUUUCCCGAUAUUUCUGAUCAUAUGCCCAAAGAUGUCGUAGAGAGGAUGAGGGAAAUUCUCGACAACUGCCCUGGAGGUUCCAUCGGCUCCGCUGUAUUCCAAGGUCAUCCCAUAAUUCGCCAACACAUUGCCGACUACAUAAGCCGGAGAGAUCUUGUUGAAGCCAGAACAGAGAACGUUUGGAUUACAAGCGGAGUGCUUCAUGGUUUUUCAAUCGUUCUUCAAGUACUCAAGCGACGUUUCAAUGGAAAGCCUCCUGGUGUCAUAACAUGUGUGCCUCAGUACAUGGGCUAUACCACUCUUCUGCAGGAUCAAGGCUAUUGCGAGAGAACUAGCACACCAUCCAUAUUCAUUGUAGGAACGAGGGUUGUGCGUUGGAUAGGCGACAUACGAAAUAUGCGCAGUCUUAUUCCUCGUGGCAUUACGUCACUGGCAACGCAGGCGUGCUAUUAUCUUGAUGAAGAUCAUGGCUGGGCGCAUAACACCGCCGAUAUGCAAAAGGCUCUGGACGCAGCCAGGAGUCGGUGUGUGCCUCGCUGCUUCCUGCUCGUUAACCCUGCGAAUCCACCGAGCACGGUAUUAUCCGAGCAGCAGCUGCAGGAUAUCAUUCGCUUUGCCUAUAGAAACCAGCUAAUAAUAUUAGCUGAUGAGAUUUUUGAGCACAAUGUCUACACCGACAAGCGUCCAUUCCACAGCGUCAGGAAAAUCAUGAACUCUAUGGGCACUCCAUACUCUCGCACGCAACUGGUGGCGUUUAAUUCGAUAUCAAAGGGCUUCGCAGCAGAGCCCGGAUUGCAGGCAGGCUACUUCGAGGCCGUCAAUCUCGACUCUAUUGAUCGAGCCAACUUGCAACACGCCAUGAUGGAAUCCCUGCCACCCAUGAUGUGUCAGGUGGCCUUGGACUGUUUGGUCAAGCCUCCAUCUCCAGGUGAUGCAUCCUACGAAAUGUACUCUAAGGAGAAAGCCUUCAUCAUCGACUCUUUAGCUGAACGUGCCAGGAUGGCGGAAGAAAGGCUGAACGCAAUAGAGGGAAUCCACUGCAGUCCAGUGCAGGGGUCUAUGGCUGCCUACCCCCGCAUGACCAUUCCAGCCAAGGCUAUCGAGGAAGCGCAGCGUCAGAAAAAGGAGGCUGACGUGUUCUACGCCGAGGAAUUGCUGCGCAGGAAAGGUGUUUGCGUGACGCCGAGCUCUGCAUUCGGAAGGCUGCCUGGAAAAUUUCACAUGAGGAUCACGAUACUUCCGCCGAAGGACAGGCUGAUGGAAAUGUUCGAUCGACUUGAAACCUUUCAGAAAGAGCUGAUGACUGAAUACCAGUAAAGGAGGAAGAUAAAUGGGAGCUUCAUAUAUACAUAAAUAAACAUUGCUGUU